ACUCGGAGAAUUAGGCGGACGGCUUACCUCUUGGAUAGUAGAGUUAGAGAGUAACUAGAUCUAGAUCUAGGUAGAAUCUAUAUCUAAAUCUAGAUCUAUAAUCUAGAUCUAGAUUCUAAGUUGACUAAAAAGAUCAAGAUAUCAAAAUAUAAUCAAUCAGGAUAAUUAAAACUCGACUCUGGUAAGAGCUAAAAAAGUUACAGUUGUAUCAAAAUGAAUGAUCAAGAGAAUGAGAAAUGUGAGGCUGUGAAUGAGUUAUGCCCUUUGACUCUUGCACUUUUAAAAGAAAUCACCCAUCAAAAUGCCAGAGACCUCACAUCAGUGUUGCUAAAGCUGAAUGAGAAGAUUAUUCAAGAAUUGCAAAGUUAUAUAAUUUUUCCAAUACAAGUGUGGUUACAAACAGAACUAUCUGACACAUCGCUGAUGACAUUGUGUGAAAUACUAAUGGCUGUUCUAAGAAAAUCCAAAAUUGUUAAUUUAGCAAUAUUGAAGAGCAUCUUCAACAAUCUUAUCAUUAGAUUGACUCACCCAGAACAGACAGAAUGUUCAAGAUUGCAUGAUUCCGUUAAGGUAUCAGAGCAAACUGCAUUAGUUGUUAUCGAAACAAUCAUACAGUUAAUAAAUGUGACUUGUGACAAAAUACUGGAUGAAUUCUAUAUACUUGACAACAUGCCAUCAUUAGCUCAGCUUAUAACCAUUCUACUUAAGAUAGCUAAACUUGAAAAAUCAAGAGAAUAUCAAAGCUUGGCAUUAAAAUGUUUGCUUGUGCUUAUGCAAACUAAUACCAAAUUUGGUGAGGAUAAGGCAGUUGAACUUGGGAAUGUGUUUGCUCAUUGCUUGCCUGGCAUUGUUACUGGCAUGGUGAUUGUUGUUAAAAGAGAUGCUCAACAAGGGCAAGGUGUUAUUGUGAAAGCUAUUAAAGUAUGCCAGCAAAUCCUGCUGUUAUGUAUGUCAGAUCACCUUCUUGUUAAAUGUCAAGUUAGACAAGAGGAUGAAAAAUUAAAGAGCAGAGAAAUGCAAAAGAAAUUGUCAUGUACAAUUCAAUCAUUGUAUAUAGAGCGAUCUCAGAAAUGGGUUGAACAUUCAUCUCAAAAUUUGGCAAAAGUGGUUGAUGUCUUUUGUUCAAUGAGGACUCACAGUAACUGGAGAGUAAGAAUGUCAAUAGUUGAAUUUGUAGAACUAUUGCUUGCAAACUGUAGUAAGUCACUCUCCAAUUGUUUUGGUACAAUGCUUGAAACUUUGGUUGGACUAAGUCAGGACGAAUAUGAAAGUAUAUCUAGUAAAGCAAGAAGUGUUCUUGAUUCUUUUUGCUCAUCUAACAUAGGAACUUCAGGAGAGAGAACACUAGCUGAAAUACUGGAAGAAAACUUGUUCACUCUUACUGCUUCACUACCUAGAUUAAUAAAAACAGCUUGUGAAGAAAACAAAAUUUCACUAAUAGAUCUGUUGAAUGGAUAUAUCUCACUUCUAGGUACUAAAAUUAAAAGUGUGAUUUAUUCCACACCUCAUGUCAGACGAUUCUGCUUGGCAUUAAUACAGAUUCUUGAAAUAGAUCUAACAGAUACUAAAAUUAUGGAACAAAGAGAAUGUUUUAUUGGAAAAGAACUGUUUGAUCCUUUUCACAAAAUAUCUCAACAAAUUUGGAGGCCUCGGAAAUAUUUCUCACAUUUCAAAGGAGACAGCAUUUUAUCUAAAUUGAUUUCAAUUUGUUGGAAAUUGGGAAAGUAUGGUGACCUAUACAUAUUAGUUGAUACCUUCCUUGAGUUGAGUUAUGAAAGUGCUACUUAUCAGUUGUCUGCAAUUUUUAUUAUAAAUGAGCUUGUGUUAGGAACAUCAAGUGAUUUUGAUAAAGCAAAAAGUAAUCAAGGGAAGCAGUUGCUAAAUGAUGUUAUUAAUAUGCUGCUCCAAGAGUAUCUCGCUCCUGCUAAUCUUGAAGUUAAUCAGCCUAAAUUGAAAAAUAAAACUUUAGCAAACACUGAGAUUGUUUUACAAGGCACACAAGAUAACAAGCUUGUGAACAAAAAACAAGCCAUUAUGCUCACUUGCUUAUUUAUAGAGGGUAUAGGCAAGUUUGCAACUGUUCUAGGGGAUAACUUCAGGAAGCAUCUUGUUCGAACUUUGUAUCCAUUAAUUGAAAGUCUAGGAAAUGAAAAUGUUUUUAUCAAUAAUACAGCUUAUUCAUCUUUGGUGGAGGUUGCCACUGCUUGUGGCUACAGGUCUUUAGAUCAACUAUUACAAGAAAAUUCAGACUACCUUGUUACAAGUAUUUCUAAGAGACUUCGACAUUUCCAUGAAAGUAGCAGAGCAGCACAGGCACUCUGUGUCAUGAUGAGAUAUUGUUCUAGCAAUAUGUUAUAUCUUAUUGAUUAUAACAUUUCCCAGAUUUUUGAAAGCCUUGAUGAUUCAUACACUGAGGGGUUCAUUAUAUUUCUGCCAAUUCUUUUGGAACUGGUAAUAUCAAUUAAACGCUGGUUCCCAGAGGAAAAGACAAAAGAGGAAAAGAUUAGUCUUCCAAUUUCAAGUACUUUAGAAGUCCAAGAUAUAGUUUCAUCUCUAAAUGAUUAUGUGAAAAAUAAAAGAAUAUUAGAUGAUGAGCUUAGUGAAGAAAUAGUGGAUCUUAAUGCACAACAGGAAGCAUCAUUAAAAAAUAUUGAACUUGGUUUAAAUUCAUGGUUGUCUACACAAGCUCAUGAUACAAAAAAGCAUGAGUGCAAAGAGACAAGCUUGUUGAAAGAUGACCAAAGGAAAACUACCCCGAAACAUAUCCACAUCAUUAAAGAAAUUUUUUGCAGGACGAGAAACCUUUUAUCCUGCCAAGAACUUCGUUUUAGAAUUAUGGCAUUAGAUAUUAUUAUUAUUGGCUCUCAAGUUUUAGAUGCCUAUGAAAGUGAAGUUCUUCCCCUUGUACACAAGAUAUGGCCUGGAAUGGUUUUACAGUUUUUCCAGGAUGAAACUAUUAUCACUAUUAAGGCAUUAAAAACACUACUAGAAUUGACAAAGAUAGCUGGUGAAUUCUUAAGGCAAAGAAUAUUGAAAGAAGUUUUACCAAUUUUACACUCAUUUAUGGAGAAGCAAGCUCAUGCUAGCUGUGAACAGACACAAAGUUAUCAUCUGACACGCAAUUUCAAGCUUCAGAUUUGUGUGCUAACCAUACUUGGCCCUAUUGCAAAAAAUAUGCAACUUCUUGAUAAUGAAUUAGAUCUUGUGCUAAAAGUGUAUCUUCCAUAUUUAAACGAUAAGCAGCCAAUGCCUCUCCAGAAGGCAGCCAUGGAAGCAAUUACUUCCUUCAUAUGUUGUAGUCCUGAUUAUAUGUGGCUGAAGUUAAAUCAAGCUUGUACACAAGAGAUGAUUCAUCCAGGAGAAGAAUUUAUUUCAAUCGAGUUUAUACCUGAAUCAGACCACAUCACUGCUAACAUUAAAAAAUUGUUGAAAUUAUAUGAUGAAAAUAAACCAAAUCUGGUAGACCUAGAUAUCGCACACAAUCAAGCAAUUUCAAAGACAAUCUGAAUUUUAAUACAUUAGUGGCUUUUUUUUUACUGGUAAAUUUGUUGUCUCUAUAAAAUAAUUUUACUUCACAUGAACCAUGCAGGCAAAACAUACUGAGUCGGCCUAUAUGAAUAAAAUGUUUGGAUGAUGUAGCUUAUUAAAAAAAUAUUAUGUAUGGAUACAUUGACCAAAAAUAUAAUUAUAAGAAAAAAAUUAAAUUAAAGAUGAAAAAUGAUAUAAAUACAAAAGUGGCCCCUUAUUGUUCUUGUGGUCAGUAUUGUUACAUGUUAGAGAGUGGGUGUAAUGCAUUUGGAGAAUAAGCGUAUUAGUGUUGUGAAAGAAUAAUGUGUUUGGACUCUUGUAGAAUUAAAGCCGUUAACUUUCAUGUAAGACUUGUUGCUGGAGUAAAAAAAAGAUCAAGUCCAGAAUUUGGAUAGUUGUAUUUUAUUAGGUUGUGUGGCAGGAGAAAGUCUUGUCUUAGUAGUUGAUGGAAAGUGACCUUGAUUUGUAUGACAAUUUAAAUCGCCAUCAGAUCUACAGUAAUAAACCUUUACUGUAACUCUUAA